CACACUGUUUAUAUUCAAGAUUAUGAAUUCAACACAAUAGCAAUAGUUGACUUCUGGAGAAUUUGUAGUCGCUAUCUAAUUGUAUACAUCAUUACACCCGAUUAUAUUCUUUGCAUGGUUCGUCAUUCGUUGACAAGUUGGCAACUUUGGUUGGUAGCAGUUGGUAGAAUAGUAGCAGAAAACUAGAAAAACUUUGACUAUCGCUGACCAUCGGUAUUUGGUUCCGAGUUAGGACAAGCUCCUUGCUUCGGAACAAUUCGGAAAUUUGGAAGAACGUGUCAUAUAGUAUGCUGUGAUUUACUUUUAAUUUUUGUUCAAAGAUCUUGUUCUAAUAGAGAUUAUAAAUUUAGCAAUCAUUGUAUAAAGUAGAAUAAAUGGCUUCGCCACGUACCCGUCGGAAGUUAAAUUCGGUGAGGACACAGGAUGAAAACCACAAAUGCUUCGAAUGUGACACGCUCAAUCCACAAUGGGCAUCUGUUACGUAUGGCAUAUGGAUCUGCUUGGACUGCUCUGGAGUUCAUCGAAGCCUUGGUGUGCAUCUCUCGUUCGUGCGUUCAAUAACUAUGGACAAGUGGAAAGACAUUGAACUAGAAAAAAUGAUGGUUGGUGGAAAUGCCAAAGCUCGCAUAUUCUUUGAAAAUCAACCUGAUUAUAAGCCAGAUAUGACAAUUCCACAGAAGUACAAUACAAAAGCUGCUGCCAUGUACCGGCAAAAGAUUGCAGCUCUCGCAGAAGGUGGUUCAUGGAGUCCAUCGGAUUAUAAGCCUGAAAAUACUGAGCGAUCAUCAGAUUGGAAUUCCCAAGGAUCUUACUCCUCCAAUGAUAACAUGUUUCACAUGAGUGGUUCCGACAAUGAUAUCAGUUAUCAUAGCAAAUAUGGAAGUGGACGCUAUGUCGGCUUUGGAAGUUCACAGAAUCAAUCUCAAUCAACACCUAUGUCACCAAUACACAGUGGAAAUGAGAUUGUUGACAACACCCUGGCUUCCUUAGCAUCGGGUUGGUCUAUGCUGACAUCUUCUGUAAGCAAAGUGGCCCGAACUGCCACUGAAAGUGCUGUUAAAUAUGGAGGAAUAGCAUCUCAAAAAGUUUCUGAAAUGGCAUCUACUGUCACAGAUAAGGUUAAUAACCGUGGUGGACGAAGCUCUUUGAGUGGUGCCAACGAGCUGCGCCGAGCCAGCAAUACAAGUCCUCAUUUCCUCACACAAAGCUAUGGUGCAAUGAAAAGUUCCACUUCUGAGACCUACUUCAAUUGGAACGAGCCAAACCAGGCGUCGACAUUUUCUGUAGCAGCUCGUAACAAUUUAGAUACUCGCGAUCUAUCUCAGGUUGGUAUAUCAAGCCCGCCUCCCGAUGUAAAAAAUAUCACGAUAAAGAAGAAGCAGGACAGCGAGGACUCAUGGGACUGGCUUUAAACAACAUUUGAAAAUAAUCACGAUAAGAUUUAAAAAAUGACGUGCAUGUUUAAUUGAUUAAAGCCGGCAAGGCAAUUGCUUAAUUGCAUUGGUAUAAGUAUUAAAUAAUUUCAAUUUAUAUGCAUUUAAUGGAAUCUUUUCUAUCUACAUUUAAAAUUGUCUGUGGUAGAUGUUUAAGUUGAAAUCAGUUGUUAUAAAAUUCAAAUUACUAACAACCUCAUAUGACAUAAUUAAAUUACUAUUAACAUUUUUAUUAUAAUUCAAGUAACUCUAAUGAGUUGUAGAAUAAUUGUGAAACCCUAUGACAAGCAGCUUGUGGUCAGUAAUAUAGAUAGAGGAACCACCUUACUAAUGCAUGCAGAGUUCAAAAUUUCUGACUUUUGUAUCAAACUGAAUAAUUGUUCAAAGGUGCAUUCCUAACCAUUCUCAGUAUAAAUGUAUAAUGUGUAUUUAUAGAUUCAUCAUUGUCUUUCUCACCUAUUUCUUAUGGAUAGAUAGCAUAGUAUGUACUACUCUUUCAUACAUCUCUGUCAUCUCAUCUAAACUAACCGGAUUCUUAUACAUAUCCUGUUUAAUCAAUCCAACCUUAUUUGUGCAAUAAUUGUAGCAAUUUGCAUUAAAAUUAGUUCAUUUCUUCUGAUUGUGAUUUAGUAUAUUUAAUAUAUAAUUUAGUUUUUAAAAUAAAAUAAGAGUUUGAACUUUAGUUAUAUAAUUUUACUUAAACAUCUAUCACUCCUUUAGUUCACAAAUGAUGACUCAUUUGUUACGUUCUUUUUUAUGUUAAAAGAUUACUUUACUAAGGUACUGUUCUCAUAAUUAUUUGUAAUGUUGCCCAUUUGCAAUAUUGUUUUUUUUUAAUUGAUAAUUAUUUUGUUUUUUUUGUGGACAAAGUAAUAAUGACAUAUCAUUCUAUUUGUUUAAUAAUCUAUUGUUAUGUAGUAAAAAAUC